ACAGCUCAGUCACAGAGCAACACAGCCGGUCAAAACAAACCCAGCGGAGAGGAGGAUCGUUUCUGCAGCUGCGGCUGUCUUCUGUCGGCUGCAGCAGGAAAGAGCAGCGGAGGAGUCGAUCCAUCGGUUGACGGGCUUGAUGUGAGCUCUUGGUCGCCUUGAACGGCUCCCACAGCUCGGUGUCUGCAGGAGGGAAGAGGAGGGAAAACAAGGGGGGAUCAGCUGUACCGUUUUUAACCUGAAGGCCUGAGAGAAAAGCGUCCGAAAGCCCCACAGACAUGCCCGGCUUCGACUACAAGUUCCUGGAGAAGCCGAAGAGACGGUUCCAGUGUCCGCUGUGCAGCAAGGCGAUGAGGGAGCCCGUCCAAGUGUCCACCUGUGGACACCGGUUUUGUGACACCUGUCUGCAAGAAUUCCUCAGUGAGGGCGUCUUCAAAUGUCCAGAGGAUCAGCUGCCGUUAGACUAUGCCAAGAUCUACCCAGACCCAGAGCUGGAGCAGCAGAUUCUGGCGCUGCCCAUCCGCUGCAUCCACAGCGAGGAGGGUUGCCGCUGGACCGGACAGAUGAAGCAGCUGCAGGGCCACUUCUCCACCUGCGCCUUCAACGUAAUACCGUGCCCAAACCGCUGCUCCGUCAAGCUGACGCGCCGCGACUUGCCCGACCACCUGCAACACGACUGCCCCAAGCGCAAGGUCAAGUGCGAGUUUUGUGGCAGUGAGUUCACCGGCGAGGCCUACGAGAACCACCAGGGUGUGUGUCCUCAGGAGAGCGUUUAUUGUGAGAAUAAAUGUGGAGCGAGGAUGAUGCGUCGCCUGCUGUCCCAACAUAGCAUGGCCGAGUGUCCCAAACGCACGCAGCCCUGCAAGUACUGCGGCAAAGAGUUUGUCUUCGACACAAUCCAGAACCACCAGUAUCACUGCCCACGCUUCCCUGUCCAGUGUCCAAACCAGUGCGGCACUCCCAACAUUGCCCGGGAGGAUCUGGCCAACCACGUGAAGGACAACUGCGGCAAUGCACUUGUCCUCUGUCCUUUCAAAGACGCCGGCUGCAAACACAGGUGCCCUAAACUGGCUAUUGGCCGUCACCUGGAAGAGACCACCAAGUCGCACCUCACCCUGAUGUGUAACUUGGUGGGUCGUCAAAGGCAAGAAAUUCUGGAGCUGCGAAGAGAGAUGGAGGAGUUGUCAGUCAGCCAAGACGGUGUCCUCAUCUGGAAACUCAGUGAUUACUCUCGCAAACUCCAGGAAGCCAAACUCCGGAGCAACCACGAGUUCUUCAGCCCGCCGUUCUACACCCACCGCUAUGGCUACAAACUGCAGGUGUCUGCUUUCCUGAAUGGCAAUGGUAGCGGCGAGGGCUCCCAUCUCUCCGUCUAUAUCCGUGUUCUACCGGGAGAGUACGACAACCUACUAGAGUGGCCCUUCUCCUACAAGGUGACUUUCUCCAUCCUGGACCAGAGUGACCCUUCUCUUUCCAAACCCCAGCACAUCACAGAGACCUUCAACCCUGACCCCAACUGGAAGAACUUCCAGAAGCCCUGCAGCAGCCGCAACUCGCUGGACGAGAGCACACUGGGCUUUGGCUAUCCCAAGUUCAUCUCCCAUGAGGAAAUCAAGAAGAGGAACUACAUCCGAGACAACUGCAUCUUCAUCAAGGCCUCAAUAGAUAUUCCCCAGAAGAUAAUGGGUUAAGAUCCAAUGUUUGUUUUCUGUUCAUGAAGGAGAAAGAUAGGUUAAAGACUGGAACUGAUUCUUUACCUUGAAAACUUCUACACAUUUACCCUUUAGAUACUUUCUGCCCUCACAGCCUCUCCACCACAGGGUUUGAAAUGAGGACAAGUUGAGCUGACUUGGAGGAACUUGCAUCAGAGAGGGGAAAAUGUUUGGUCUGCAGAAGUGUCCCUCGUUGAUGUUUCUUUUUUAUUUUAGCUUUUCAGUGCUUUUGCUGACCUUUUAAUGAUCCUCUACAACUUAAAGCCUUUGAAAUCAAACAGUGCCUAGAGUGUUUAUCUUGAGUUAUACUUUAAUUUUUGUUUCUGCAGUACCUACAUAAAUGAAUGUGGUAAAGAUACAGCGAUAUGGUUGGGGGGCAUCUGUAAGCUGAAAGAAACUUAGAAAAUGUUCAGAAAUGCUCAUAAGAAGAGGGAGCUAAGUAGAUUAAACCUCAAGCCCAAUUGCCUUUUGUUUACACACUCAGACAGUAUACUGAUCCUUUAACAAACACACAGACACCGGUAAGAAGUACCUGUAAGUUUUUUCCAACAUACAGACUAAUAUUUUUAGGAAACCUUAAAUAUCUAGAUGUUUUAAUUAAAUAUUUUGCGUUUAUAGCUCUCAUUAAGCCGGGAAAGCUCUUACAAUAUGAUAAAUAUGAAAUCGCAGCUAGUGUCUUGUUUGUUUAACUUACCGUACAGAGUGAAAGCCUGAAAAGUAGCGUGGUUUUGUUCAAGAAACUACAUCCCUCUAACUGCAGCUAAAAAGUGUAAUCCUGAUCCAGACACAAACUUAAAACAAAGCCAACUUUUCAUUGAUUUAUGUUUCAUUUACCUCCCCUAAGCUCAAAAUCUCUGGUUGCUACUUCUGAGCUUUAGCAGAACGCUGACCAACACAUUAAUAUAUUCAAGAGACGUACCUAAACACCUAAAAUAUCAUAUUUUAAUCAAAUAAUUAGGGUUUUAAUAGUUCUUGCAGUGCUAGAAAUAAAAAUCCUCUGUGCUAACAAUGAAACUAAAUUCAGCUUCUGAAUCGCUUAAAUAUCUGUAGCAAGAACUAGGACCAAGGACAACCUUUUAGUGAGCAAUUUGCACUGAACAGUAGAUGUAAGGCUCAGUCCUAAUCCCAAACAUAAUCUUUUGACAGAGCAAGCUUAUUAUUUGCUUUAGUUUUCCCUCUUUUUCACUCAGUUUGCCAUUAGCAUGGCAUAGCAUAACGUGAAAAAUCCCUUCUCAUUUAGAUCAAAACGAAAGAAAUCUAAUCUCUUUUUCCCUAAAACUUGACAAAAACAUUUGAAACUGAAACUAAAACCAGUUUCCAGAUUGUUAGGUUUUGCUUAAAUAUUUGAAGUAAGAUAAACCAGCUUGGCUUUUACUGAACAACUACCACCCAACACUUCAUAUAAAGCUAACUUUUGUACCCAUUCACAAACUGUUAAACAUAAUAAACUGCUGCUGUAGUUCUAAUUUUUUAUGUAAAUCUAUGCUAAUUACAUUAGUGGCGGAAAAGCCGAAAUGACAACUUUUCCACAUUAACCACGCCCUCUGCAAAAUUCUGACCAAUCACAGAAUUGUUGUCAUCACCACAUGAGAAAAAACGUUUUGCCUUUAUGAGAAACUGAGAACAUGCUGCCAGGAUGCCUACUUACUUGUAUGAAAAACGUGAUGUCAUUAUUUUCCCACUGUCCUGGGAAAAACAACAAAUUUCCUGGCUCCCGCGUAGUAUGCACAGGCUUUUAGGCUAAAGAUUGCUGAUGAUUUUACAUUACCAUAGCUUAAAGAGCAAAACGUCUUUUUAUUUAUUUCCUCCAACGGAAAAAAAUCAGAUUUUGUGUACUUUUAAAACGUUACAAUAAAACAAUGCCGCGUUAAAAACAAAACACACGACAAUAGCCUACUAAAGAUCUGUUUGUUGCUACCAUAGCAGGAACUAGCUGGCGCUCUCUUGUAUAAGUACUAGACAGAUCAUAGAGAGUUUCCGGAGCUCUCUGAUGUACCGAACACACACAACUAACUGGCUUCAUAUUUAUUAUGGAGUCCUCAUACUAAAUUAAAGCACCUUUCAUCUGUCUCCUCUCAACUGUCAGAAUACACAUGCAUUUAAGAGUGAAGGAAAAGCCAUGUGGCCUUUUUACACAGUAUGUCUUCGCAUGAGGGUUUUAGUAGAGAGCAGGUCAAGCACAUGCAUGCUUCAUGUGUUAAAACCUGGUUCUGACUUUCUUUUUUUAUGUAAGCUGUACCCUGAAAUCCUCACUUGGUGAUGACUAUUCACUAGUUUUUUUACCAUUUGAAAGUUGACAAAACUGUCAAAGGAUAGCUUUUCGGAUUUUGUUUUUAUAAAAUGUGAAUGCCCUUGGUGGUAUAACCUAUAAAGACAAUGAACAUUUGGAUUAAGUGAACUGUUUUACACACCUGGGGAAUAAAAGGUGUUCAGAGGCUUGGCAUGAUGGGACUGACUGCAUCUUCGUUGUAAUCAUUAUCUAUCCUCAGCUCAACAUUCAAUGUGUCAAUGACAAGCAGCCCUGUGCUGUAGACCCGUUUUCUUUAAAGCACCAUCAGGACUUUGAUGACAGUUUACGUAUGAUAUAUGUGAAUACUAAUGUAAAAACACAGAAGCACAUUCUGUCUUUUUUUUUAUUACUACACAUGGGGGAAUUCUUGAUUUCUUGUCAUGAUACCAGCUGAUAAUUUACAGUGACACAAAAAAGCAAGAAAAUAAAAACCUUUUUUGUAAGAUUAUGUAUUUUUAAAAAUGCUUAACUGUUUUAUACAAGCUCUUUACGUUGGAGAGUCGGGGUUGACUUUGGGAGUUUUCAGACCCAUUCGUCUUUUGAACAUUUGGAUAAUUUGUUUGUCUGUGUGGUCUGAGCCUGUUCUGUCUGUAUUAUUUCCUCUUAAAAGUAUUUAUUUUAAAGAGCCAUCUUCAGUUUAGACUGAUGGCACAAAUGUUUUAAUAUGUUGAUUGAUGAGUGCUUGUCGAUUUCUUAUCUGAAAUAAAAUACCAUAUAUUAUA